UAAGCCCGCCCACCGCGCAGCCAUGGCCGCUGCUCCUUAAAAUCAACUGCGCAGCGGCUCAACCCGGCAGAGGAGGGGGCUCUCCAUGGGGCUGAAAACACCGAAAUCUGGACUAUCUCAUACAACAGCAAACGUUUAUUCCAAUUCUUUACCAGCAAACAUGACAACGACUAUUUCUUCUCCUUUCUUCGAGUACAGAGAAGUCGCUAACAAGGUCCAACACCUGCUUGUGACAACUGACUAUUUUGUAGUCAGUAACCAUCUCAGGAUAUCAAGUUGGAACAAAUUUGAAAUGACACGCAAUUCUUUGGAACAAAUUUGCUCCUCUCGUCUGUGGUGCCUCCAUUCCACUGUCUCACUCGAGUGGGAAGCUAAUAUUAGUGAAACAAUAAGAUGUUGAACUACAGCAGCAACAACAACAGUCUUGGUGGACCUCAGCUGACCUCGGUCCCAUGCUCCAGUGCCAACCUCUCCCCCUGCACCACCACUGGGUCCCUGCUGGACAGGAAGGUGGUGGGGGCCCCCUCUGCAGGAGGCCUGUUACAACGUCGUCACUCAGUCAGCCUCCCCAGUGCGAAGUUCAGCCAGAACCAGUUUGUCAACAGCCAUAAAACAGAUCCCACUGUGUUGCUGGGUGGCAGUUCUAACAGCAACAAGGAGAACCGUUUCCGUGAGCGCUCCUACUCAGAGCUGGGAGACAGGCUGCGACCCGGUAGUCAGGUGUGUGUAGGUGGAAGCAGCCAAGUCAACUCGAGCCGCUAUAAGACAGAGCUGUGUCGGCCCUUUGAGGAGAACGGCACCUGUAAGUACGGCGACAAGUGCCAGUUUGCCCACGGCAUGCACGAGUUGCGCAGCCUGAGCCGUCACCCAAAGUACAAGACUGAGCUGUGCCGCACCUUCCACACCAUCGGCUUCUGCCCCUAUGGACCCCGCUGCCACUUCAUCCACAACGCAGAGGAGCGCCGCGGGCCCCCUCCCCUCUCUACCUUCAACAAGAUGCAACGCCCUCGGCUGCAGCACAGUUUGAGCUUUGCAGGCUUCCCCAGCUGCGGCGGCCUGCAGGACAGCCCCACACCUCCGCCAAUGUUCUCCACUGAAGACCUCACCAGCCCCUUCACCUAUUCCAGCCAGGAGUUUGGCAGCCUGUUUGGCCCCAGCCUGGGGCCAACACUUGUGUCUGAGCCUCAGGCCCCACCUUCCCCAACUACCUUUUUCCAGCCCACAUCAGAGGGCCCCCCUAGCCUCCCAGACUCUCUGUCUGACCAGGAGGGUUACCAGAGCAGUCAGAGUGGCUCUGAGUCACCCCUCCUGGAUGCCUCCCGCCGCCUCCCCAUCUUCAGCAGGCUCUCCAUCUCUGAUGAUUAAGGUUUCUGCAUCCCUGGGCCUGAGAUAGGAGUGAGAAGGAGAGAGGAAGAUGGGAACUCUCUUCCUCUUUUCAGCCCUGUUUGCAGGAGAAGCAGACUACUCUGCAUUGUUGUAGUCAGUGAGUUACAUCACAACCUGAGAUGCCUUCUCUCUUUUGUCUUUUAAGCCCCCCCCAGAUCAAGUCUCUUCAAAAAGUUGGUAAACCUGAAUCAUAUUAAUGUAAAGGCUCUGCACUGGUGCCACGCUGGAAUGAAUGUGAACAGUAGCUCAGAGAUCACUGUAUAAAGCAGUUUAAUAUUACUUAUUAUGGGCAGUAGGAGUGGAAGUGAGGUCAGUGUGUGUGUUCUGCACGGGGUGUGUCUACUGCACUAGUGUGUUGCUGGUGCUAUGUGCCUUGAUUAUUGAACUGUUUGGUGGAGCUGCAGAGUGAAAUGGUCUCACCAGAGAUUUGAAUGCACUAUGAACAGGAUUCAAAAUGACCUGAAUUUGGAGUCAUUUCAGCCGAAUUACUCAAAUUCCAAGAAAGUAUUCUCGCGCUUACCUCUUACACUCUCAGCCAUGCAGACAGUUUGGGUUUUAUUUAUCUCUCUCUCCAUCCCAAUACUUGGUUGGUUGAAUUUAGUUUAUGCUCACAGCAUUAAGGCAUACACUUAAAUCACUUCAACAGCAACAUCUCUUCCAAAUCAGUGUCCAUUCACUCUGGAUUGUCCACAGAACACUUUGAAUACGGUUUUGGCCCUGUCUACACCUGCUAUUAAAAAAGGUGUUGGGUGAUCUGAUCACAAGUGCACAGCUUUAAGUACAUUGGUUCGCAUAAUGGUUCUCCACUUGUCUCCAGUGACCACCUGUGAAUGGAUCUCACUUGUCUCCAGUGACCACCUGUGAAUGGAUCUCACUUCCCCACACUUUAUGCAAAUAAUCAGUGUAGGGCUCUACCCUACUCACAUUGUCCAUUAUUACUGCCAUUUUGACUGGUUUAAAACUAAGCUUUGAUUAUUCGUUCCUUUUUUUCAGUUCAGCGUCACUAAAGUCUGUGGUGAUUUUAUAACUUAACUUUAUAACAGCUUAAUACACACUUUUACUCUCUCUGAUUGUGUGGCAUUCUAAGUCAUCUUUGAUGUCACAGUCAUAGAAAGUAAAAGCCAGCCAGCAAGCUGGGACAAUCGGACACAAUGUGUUUUUUACACAAAGAAAGAAAUUGGGGGUAAAUAAAGCAAUGUAUAAUGUUUACCAACUCUACAAGAAGGCCCAAAUAAUUAAGGAGUUGUUGUAGACAACUUUUCACAGACAUCUGCUGCUCAUCUUGGCAGAGAGCUCUAACACAAACCCAAUGGAAAGCAUUCUUCAUGCGUGUCUACAGGAGGUCAGUUGAGAAGGCGGCCACAUUAGCGUUUACACUACAAAAGAUGUGUGGACCACCUCAGCAAUUGUCUGAGUGAUCUGAUUACCAUGCGUCUGUAUUUAGAGCUGUCCACUUGUGAUCCGAUCGCUCAGGAUGCCCAUUAAUCCCAGGUUUAAACAGUGUGUCUUGGUAGUUUCAAUGACAGCUGUUCACGCUGAGGUGACAAUAGGUGUUGAUUUUCAGCAGAUGUUUACAAGCAGCUGCCAGGUUCCUGGUGUUAAUUUGCCGCCUUUUGUUUUCAUAAUUAAACAUCAGCAGUUUGCCGUCACACCUAUCCAACCAGCAUCAGUUCUGUCUGAAGAGACGUCUCAGCCAGCUGUCUGAAAUUGAAUGAUUCCACCAUGUUCAAUAAUAUUAUGUUGUUAUUAUUGUCUAGGUUAUUUCCCAAAACCUUCAGGCAUUGGCUUACUGCUUAUUUAUCAAAAUGUAUUUAUUGUUGAUCUUAAGCAUUUUUAUUUUAUAUUUAAUGAAACAAUAGAAUAUAUAUUUUCUUUUAUGUUAAAUUAUGAUCCUCCUUAUUAAUUGCAAGAUUGUGACAAGCUGUUUUUUGUUAUUUUUUCACAGUUAAUAUAUUAUGCUGCAAUUACAUUUUUUUGUAACACUUGAUUUAUUUUGAAAGCAAAUCUUAAUUUAAAACACAAAGGGUUAGCGUUUGUAUUUAUUGUUUGCUCCUCCCACAUGUUUGACUGCAGGUCGAGGCUCUCUGUUGCAGUCUGAAGUGUCAAAGUCAACAUCCCUGUCCUCCCAGUGAGGGGGUCAGGGGGUGAGUCUCUGCAGCUGCCAUAAUCAAGUUCAAAUGAUGAAAAAAGCUAAUCAUGUGAUUGCAAACUAAUCAGGUAACUAAGCUAUUGGCAUAAGUAUUAAUGCACUCAGGGUGCAGGUGGUGCUGGUUUAACAGGGUUCUUGCACAAUGUACCUUCUUCUGAAGUACACUGCAUGUUGCUGCAGCACAACUGCAGGAGAGAAUUCGCUGCCUUUCUAGCCAGUGUGUCUGCUAGAAAUGCAACGAUGAGGUGACUGAAAGAAACUUUUUAGAAAAUAUUUUUAAAAUUCCAACUUAAAUGUGGGAAAAAAAUCCUUACUUUGAGAAGCUAGAAGCAUUUUCUUUUUUUUUGUCAUUUAUGAUCUUUGAGUUUUGCAGUUUGUUGGACUAAAGAAGCAAAGAAGUCAAUUUGGCCUCUGGGAAAUUUUCUCUCUUGAUUUUUAGGCAUUUUAUAGACUAAAUAGUUAAAUGAUUAAUGGAUAAUGAAUAUAAUUGUUAGUUGCAGCCCUUGUGUUUGCGUCUAGAGCAGCUUCCCUGUAGCUCUGUUCCACACUGUUAUCUGUGCACACAGGGUCUAUGUAGUUUCUGAACUGUGAAAUUCAUUGUGUAUAUAAAUGCCUAUAUUUAUUGACAGUUCUUGUAAAUUGCACUCAAAUGUUUGGGAAAAUAUUUUUGUAUUCUUCAAUACAUUCAGUGUGUUUAUUUCUUAUCCUUCAAGUAUACCAGCGUCAGUGCAGAGCAGUUCUUUACAGAGCAUCUGCAUAAAUAAUUUGAACAGCACAAUAUUCAAAACGGACAGCAUUAAUAUUGAUCUAUUGAAUUUGAUUGAUCUCUUAGAACCCUGUUUAAAUCUCCCACCUGCAUCUUAUUUACAGAUUAACCAUAGCUUCCAUUAAGGCCUCUCGGGCAUGCUGCAGUUUUGGGCAGCAUCUUCUCUAGAAUGUAGACCAGAUCUGGAACAGUCCUGUCCUCAUGUCGGUGUCUUUUACGGGGAGAAAUUCUCAUUGGAUUAUCAAAACCACUGAUUCAGUUUUGCUCUAACAAAAACAUUUUAAGCUAUUAUUUUGAAAAGACAAUAGAAGCAGUAUCAAGCACAGACUAACUAGCUAGCACUUUGAGUCAUGAUGAUGAUGUAAAGUUUAUUUUCAACCACUUUUUCCCCACGAAGUGCCUUCAAAUACAUUCCAUAUAUCUCAAAUGUUGUGCCUUCAUAUUUGUCUGUGAUAGCAGAUAAAUGCCUAUAAUGUCUUGUGUAGGUUAACAGGAUUGACACAUGAAAAGCAACUGUUGAAUGUAUUCUCCAGCAGCCGUUGCUGUUACUACAGUAAUUACUUUGUUUGUGGUUCCUUCUGUAAUGACAGAUUACAGUUAAAGCCAAUAAAAGUUGUAUUUAUAUUGAA